AUGGCGACCGAGUUGACAGUCCAGUCCGAACGCGCGUACCAAAAGCAGCCUCACAUUUUCCUCAAUCACAAGGCCAAGGCUGCAAAGAGCAAGAGAUCGGGCAAGGGCGGAAGGAGAUGGUACAAAGACGUCGGGUUGGGCUUCAGAACGCCAAAGACCGCUAUUGAAGGAUCAUACAUCGACAAGAAAUGCCCGUUCACCGGUAUGGUCUCCAUCCGAGGCCGCAUCCUCACCGGCACCGUUGUGUCGACCAAGAUGCACCGAACUUUGAUCAUCCGCCGAGAAUACCUGCACUUCGUCCCCAAGUACGCCCGAUAUGAAAAGAGACAUGCCAAUCUUGCCGCCCACGUUUCUCCUGCUUUCCGCGUCGAAGAAGGCGACCAGGUCACUGUCGGCCAGUGCAGGCCUUUGAGCAAGACUGUCCGAUUCAAUGUUCUCCGUGUGUUGCCCCGAACAGGAAAGGCGAUCAAAGCCUUUCAGAAAUUCUAA